AUGUCUACAACCUGCAGCCGAAUGCUGUACGUCUCCCGAGACCUACACGAGAUGAGAAGUAAAGACAAUCUGAAGGCUCUUCUUACGCGAGGCUCUGAUGAAAAUAAAAUAGAUGCCUUGUGGCAGAUAGUGAAAGAGACAGGAAUGGGAAUUAACCACGAAAGCCUCCUCUUGACUCUGACCAUGGUUAUCCCAAAUACAAAAGAUAAGAAGCUGAUUCUUCUUUUCUAUCUCUACCUGGAGAACAUCGACAUUGAGGACUCCGAAGGCAACAUAAGAGACGAGAUACUUAUGAUAUGCAACAUGAUAAGAGGGCACUUAAACCAUCCGAACGAGCACGUAAGAGCACGCGCCAUUAGGGCAGUUGGAAAGCUGAAGAGCGCAGCAAUCUUUGACGUGCUAAAGCAGCCCUUUGUUGAAAACAUCACAUACACCAACCCGUUUGUGCGAACUGCUGUGUAUGUUUCUCUGAGAGGUCUUUUGAAAAAUAAAGAGCUUUCUGGGAUAUUUGCCGAUGUGAUUCCUCUUCUGAAAGAACAAGUCCUAACAGAGAGAGACCCCAUAUGCUCGGCAGAGGGGUACAAGACCCUUGAAGAAGCUGAAGCGGAAAGCAUCCAUGAAAUAUACGAGAAGCUGAAAGAGUCCGCACACGACGGCCUGCAGGAGUGCUUCCUAAAGAGCGCAGAAAAGAUGAACGACGCAGAGCGCAUUAUGGAGAUAUACAAAAGAUCUUCGUCACGGGCGAUAGAGCUGGAAUCGGCAAUACUCCUCGUAAAAAUAGGAAAGAAAGAGCUCGUAAUCAAGGAAGCCGUUGAAAAGCUGCUGGAAAUAUCCAAUGAGUACCUCGAUGCAGAGACCAAGGGAAAGAUAGUGCGCGCAUGCCAGGGCGCACUGAAGCGCGGAGAGUUUGCAUUCGAAGGGAUGGGCCUAAAAAUAGCCCAUAUGAUCACGCCAGCAGUGGCAAAGGUAAACAUCCGCCUGGCGCGCAGCAUCUUCCAAUUCGUGAUGGAAAUACUUGCAAUUGUUGAAGCAAGAGAGCUCUACACCUUUUUGUUCUCGGGUAUAUCUGACACCUCCGUUAAAGAUCUCAGAGACAUUGUGGGCAGCCAAGAUAAGAUCUUUUUCCUGCAGGCUCUUAAGGAGCUUCUUAGCAAAUACAAGCUGUACACAGCUCCUCUGGUAGAUCUGGUGGUUUCUAUGCUCUCCAUAGAGAUUCCCGAGCUCGCCUUAGAAGCAGCUGAGUACUUAGACGCUUUUUUGGCUCUUAUUGGAAAUACGAGAGGCAAAACCGUGCUGCAAAUCAUCAGUAGACUGCCCUGCAUAAAAUACGGAAAGAUACUUAGAAGAGUCUUUGGCCUGCUCUCCAAGCACGCGGAUAAGGAAACAUCUAGGAAAGCAGUGCAGGAAAUAUUCAAAGCAUUUUCAUCGUCAGAGAGCGGGCUAAUUCCCAGCCUGAAAAGCAGCAAGCAAGAUGUCUCCAAGAUAUUCCCGGGAGUGCCCAUUGCCUCGUUUCUCCUGGAUAUGUGCAGACACUUAAAAGACUGCACAGAGGAAGAAAAAAAGGCUUUUUCCGUUGAGAUCAUGUCAACUGCUCUUAAGGCGUAUGCAGUGGGGUACAAGUCUCUUAACCUAGACGAAUCAUCGAAGGUUGCUCUCCUGCGGCUCUCCAACCUUCUGGGCAGUGGGAGCAUUGAAAAAGCCCUUGAACUUCAAAAGAGCCAGAAGAAAGCCCAGAAAGAAGUGCACAGCGAUAGCAGAUCGAACAGCUCUAGCGGAGUAGUACAGGACAUAUACGCAAGGCCUGUGUUCUCUCUGAUACGCGAGAAAUCCUCAAAAGACCAGAUAAGCCCGGUGCAGCAGUUUGCAAAGGAAAAACCGUCUUUGUCUCUGAACAAGCUUAAGAACGUGUUCCAACUGACAUCCGCAAUUGACCCUCUUUACUGCGAGUGCCAGAUAACAACCACGCGCACGGAGAUAUCUCUUGACAUUCUUUUGGUAAACCAAACAGACAUGCUUUUGGAAAAUAUUGAAUUUGACAUUGUAACAAGCCCAAAUAUUAAAAUGAUGAGUGUGCUGGCACUGGACAAGCUGCGGCCGCACAUGAUGUGCACCCUGGAAACAACGCUGAUAAUGGAAGAGUCCGAUACAGGGUACAUAGGAGGCGUUAUCACAGCAGGAAAAGUGGGAAGAGACAACUACUUCAUACAGAAUUUAUUGGAGAUUGUGUUCAAUAUGUCGGACAUGCUGCAGGCCAAGAAGAUAGCAAAGGAAGAGUUCAAAGAAAGAUGGCCCUCUCUCCUUUGGGAGAAUCUGUACACAAUUUCCCUCUCUGAUCCCGUGCUCACCCCGCAGAAGAUGAUUAAGUCGGUGGCUAAGGCAAUCAAUGGCACAGUCAUCGAUACGCGAGCAAAGGAGGGAGAGGUGAUAGCGUGCACAGACACUCCCUCCCCAGAGAUACUUGUGAAGAACAUUUACACAACAACUGCGCAGGGCACAGAGAUAUUCAUCAAUGCCACAGUUAUUCGAUCAGAGGAGGGGCUCACAGGCACCUUCAGAAUACGCGGUGAGAAGUGCAGGGUGGUGAAGUCUCUUUGCCAGCUCAUCUCAAAGAGAAUGAAGACUCUUUCAACAUAG